AUGACAUGCAUGUCGUGUUCCGGAGCUGUCGAGCGGCAGCUGCAGCAAACAUUUGGGGUGUACGACGCGGUAGUCGAUUUAAUGGGCAGCUGCGCGCUAGUGGCAAUGGACCCGCUGCUGCAGACGCCCCAGGGGGUUUGCGAGGCAAUUCAGAAACUCGGGUUCCGGAGCUCUCCGCUGUCAUUUCAUAACCGGGUGCAAAGAGAGAGCUCUUCAGUGUCCCGCGGCGCGCCCUGCGGAGCGCCCGCGCCGGGACCAGCGAGCCGCGAGGUGUGGGAGAAACCAGCAAGAGGCUGCGGAGGGGCUGAGGAGAACAGUCUCGACAGAGGCUUCGAGGAGGGUAAGGCACCCCCGGAACGUUGUUUCCGAGUUUUGAAACCCGAAGCAAACGGGGAAACAGAAAACCCGAGGACGGAGGGGGAGACUGAUGCCGUGGAAACAAAAGGUGACAACUUACAAGCAAUAAAACCUUAUUGCCACCUGAACGCAACAGAGCCUUGGAAAGAGGGAAACGUCGGGGUUCCUCAAGGGGAACGACUCUGCGCCAAUGCUCGACUUGGAGGGUCUUUGUCUUCCAGGGGGGGACAGGCUGGAGCAGAGUCGGAAGAGGGGGGAGGCGAAAGCGGCGAUGAGAGGGGGGAAACCUUGGAGUCCGGGGUGGGUGUGGAGAUUUCCACAGCCAAAAGGGAGGUCCCGACCGUUCGGCCAUACGCAAGCACUCCAGGCAAGACGCGCUUCAAGAACAGCGAGAAGAAACAGGCCACGGCAUCAUUGGUCAUGAAAAUCCAAGAAUGCUUGAAAAAUGGGUCUGUCACUUCAUCCGUUUCUUUCCUGUCGUCCACGUCGUCCACGGCUUCUUCGCCCCUUUCUUCCUACCGGACGGCGACCUGUGGUCACACCUGGGACAGGCAACAAGCUCCAGUUUCUUCGUGUCGAGGCGAGAAGGAAAUCGUUGCCGUCCUGCGCAGGAGAGAAGGCGUUAUCGCGUGCUCUCGGAUUGAUGACGGAGACAGUGCCGUUCUUCACGUCUGCUACAAUCCUUCUCUCCUCGGCGCCAGGCAGAUCGUCGCCCUCGUGGAGGCAGAGGGCUUCCUGGUUACAGUCCAAAGAGCAGAUCCUUUGAGAACCCAGAGGGAGGAAAUGAAGAAACUAAUCUCCAGCUUAUCGAAAAAUGUGCGUUUUUCUGUGGGACCUGCCACUCUCGUUCUUUUCCUCGCCCUCGCUACACACAUGGCGGUCCUUCCUUCCUGGCUCAGGUUUGAGCUCGUCCCAGGCGUCACACUCUCCAACCUUGUCAUGUUGGUGCUCACGAUUCCUGUUCAGUUUUGCUGGGGGUACUGCUUUCAGCAAGCUGCAGUCAAGGCCUGCACAGCGCGCUGUCCUACAAUGGACUGCCUUGUCGCUCUAAGCACAAAUCUCGCCUUUUUCUACUCUUGCGUUGCUCUCGGGUAUAGUUUUCUGUCCCGCGUUGUGUUUGCGAGACAAAGGGACGACUUCAAGCGACAGUUCUCGUCCGGUGUUGAGGCUAGCAGAGACGCUCGUUGGGCGGCGAGACAAAACGACUACUUUGUGCAUGCAGCUCUACAAGCGGAAGACGACCCACCAACGUGCUUCGAUGCAUGCGCAACGCUCACAACGGUGUUGCUUAUUGGAAAGUGGCUGCAGCAGCGUGUGAAGGCGCAGGCUCUGAAGAUGCUGGAUCGAGUGUUGGACAAACCCCCAGCAAGUGCCAUAUUGGUUGCAGCAGAGGCGAAGGACACCCUUUCCGGACUCGAGGGAAAGAAUCCCGGAACUCUGAGAAAAACAGCGCGAGAAAUUCCUGUCGAUCUGCUUCACAUCGGAGAUGUCAUCGAGGUCCCACCUGCGGAGACACUCCCUGCCGACGGCCUUCUCUUGAGUCCCUCAUGUGCAAGAGUGGACGAGCAGUUGCUGACGGGAGAAGCCAAGUGCGUUUGCAAAUCUUACGGCGACCAGUUGCUUGCUGGCUCAAAGAAUGGCGGCUCGGCAUCCAUUCUUUUGCACGUUAACAAAAUUGGCGACCAGACGGUUCUGAGCCAGAUCUCGGCUUUGGCCUCAGAGGUGCAACGCAGCCGCCUCCCCAUUCAGGCAAUCGCGGACAAACUCGCCGCUUACUUUGUGCCUGUGGUGUUGGUGAUUGUCGCUAUCACGCUCGUGGCGUGGUCGGCAGUCGUCUUUUCGUUUUCAACAAACCCGUCUUUCCUGCAACACACUGUUCCACGGGACCUAGUCACUUUGCCGACUGGCGCAAGGCAUCCUCAGGCGAAUCUGGGGAGCAACCAAUCGCUUGUCUUUCGGCCUUCUCCGGAGGACGAUCUCACCGCGAGGGACAGUCGAGAAGACGCACCGACCUCGAAUCGGCAGAACGCGCCAGAGAAUCCCCAUUCUCGCGACGACCCUUGUGAAGGGAGUGGAGCGAGGAGUCCGAGCAAUUCCGGAAUGGCGUGUUCCCUUCUGCGUACCACCAGCAGGCAAACGGACCACGAGAGUGGAGAGCCUCUGGGGGUUUCCCCUCUCAGGCGCCAGUCCCCUGAUGGUGCAAGGAACGUGGCUAGCGACCUCCCUACCGUCGGAAUUUUGUUCCCUGAAAUGCAUGCGCGCCCACCAGGAGAGACUCGCAAAGAACCUGCUGCGUUUCACACCUCCUUUGCAGACGAUCCGAGUCUCACGAGGGGCGAAAUGCCCAUCGGUCUCCUUGAUGCCUCGCUUGUUGAGAAGAGCAGAGACCACGGGACCAGUCCCCCGGAAGCGAGAACCCCGGAAGGCGCUAGAGUGCGGUUCUCCAAGUUGGGUUUCGAAGAAACGAUCCACUGGAAACUGUGGAUCUUCUUCGUGAAAUCGCUCUUCGUCCUUCGAUUUGUGAUCGCCGUAUGCAGCAUUGCCUGCCCUUGCGCAAUGGGCCUUGCAGUCCCCGUGGCCCUGGCGGCAGCUGCAGGCCGAGCAGCCGCGUGGGGUAUCCUCAUCCAAAACGGCGCGGCAUUCGAAGCAGCCGGGAAAGCUCAAACCAUCGUGUUCGAUAAAACUGGAACGCUGACCACAGGCAAAAUGAAAGUGGCCGCUGCUGUACUUUCGCUUCGAAACAUUGAAGAGUAUCUGCUUCCUUUCUACGCCUCUCAGAACAAAGCUGAGAACGACAUGUGCCGGGAAACCCCGCAUUGUACCUCAGAAGGCAUUCCUCUUUCUCUCGUUGAAAAGUGCCCACCAGAACUCUUUUCUCUUUCUCCACCUAGACUAUCCCUCCCUUGCAUUCAACAUGAACACUCAGCUCCGCGCUCGUCUGUUCUCGCUUCUCCUUCGUCUCUUUCGCCUUGUUCUUUGACUCCGUCUCCCCUUGCCUUUCGUGGCACUUGGUGCGUUCGCGCAGCUGCACAGCCUUCUCUGCACAACGAACGACGGAGUGGCAGGGAAGACGGCGCGUCCGAGAAGGAAAGACAGUUGAAAAACGGGGCAGAGUUUAAGUGCCUUGAAAAGCGCUUGGAGUCCAUCGCCUGCGCUGUCUCACCUUUACAACCGAGGCUCAUGUUGGAGACUGAAUGCGCAUUUUGGUGGGCGGUCACGAGCGCCGAAGCAGGGGCCGACCACUCGGUAGCCCACGCGAUCACAGACUUCUACGAGGCUCUUCAAAAAGAGCAAAGCGAACGGCGUUUUUCUUCCUGUGUCAAAAAAGCACAGAGGCCGGACGACGGCGGCGAGGCUCCGGAGAAAACCCUGCCCACUGUUCCUUCUUCGCGAAAUGACGGGGACCGUCGACUUGAAAAACGCGGAGUAUCGCUUGUGACUCGCCAGACGCCGCCUUCAAAAGAGAGCAGGGCACUGCGCAAGUCUCUGCUGGAGGCGCCCUGUGCACACUUCCCUGACAUCCUUCCUCCUCUUUCUCGCGAAACGCACCCCGGAAAAGGCCUCACUGCGACGCUUCGCUCUCGGAGCAAACGCAGCCUCCCGGCGACGCUCCACCUCGUCGUCGGCAGGCCAGGCCUCGCCUGCCUCGCUCCUGCCUCGCUGGACGCACCCGAAGGAUCGGGAAACAGACAGCAAAACGCUCGCUCUGCGGCCCCCGAUUUGCGGCAGGCCUUCGUUGAAGGCGGCAGAGAGGCGCAGAAAGGCGACCUACGUGCAAGCGCCUGCCGCGUUGAGGACACGGAGAAGGACAGCGAUGGACGUACAGUUAGUGGAAUCGCCACAACCGUCCAAAGCGAAGCAACGGAUGCAGAGAAACAGCUCCUCAGCGAGUGGAUUGCCCACCAUCAAGCAGAGACGGGGACCGUGGUUGUUGUGCACACCCUCGUGGAGGUCAAACCCCGCACGGGAGAAGGCGUGGGCGAGGCGCAUGCGUCGUAUAAAUCAGUCUUUUUGGGAGCCGUUGCAUUUGCCGACGAGCUGUCUCCAGACGCCGAAGCAGCAGUCGCUUACUUGAAGGAUGCGCUGAGGUUGAAGCUCUUCGUAUGUACUGGCGACAACAGGCGGACCGCCCAGCGAGUGGCGACAGCUCUCGGAAUUUCCCCAAGCUGCGUCCUGGCCGAGGCGCUUCCUCCCCAGAAAGCAGCCUUUGUUCGUUCGCUGCAGACUGCGGGAAAUCGCCACAAACGGAGUCACGGAAGAAGCAAAAGGAGAAAAGGAGAGACGCGCGACGAAGGGAGAGACGAGAGGAGAGACGAGAGAAUGACGCGAGACACACACGGAAGACAAGGAAAGGGAGACAGAGAGAGGGCAGUCCACCUGCACCACGACUUUUCGAGAACAGAGUGGGUCUUGAAGAGACAAAGGCCUCCAGGCGAGACAGCAGAAAAGGGAGCAGAUGCGAAUGCCCGUUCGUGGCGUACGAAUUUCACUUGGGCGUUGGGAUUCAACGUCCUGGCUCUGCCUCUUGCGGCGGGUGUUUUCUAUCCUCACGUCUACGUGCACCCUCUGGCGGCGGCGACGGCUAUGGCGUUGAGCUGUUUUCUCGUCCUCCUCAACGCCUCGGGUCUCGCGCGUUUUCCGAAGUAUUCGGAGAAACUGCCCCUGCGGGCGUGA